AUGGACCGACAAACGACUAGUGACGCUGACCAGGCAUACCUGCCCACCGCUGACUCGAACCACCGUGACCGAGAGUUCAUCCUCAUGAACAAGAUCGCUCACGGGGGCUCUUACCCCGGUCGAGAUGACGACUUGGCGGCCAUGAUUACCUCCGGAAAUAUCCGGAAAGCCGCUGCACUACCGAGCUCGGGGAAGCAAGAAUCGGGCGUGCCACCGAGAGCCUCGCCGGUCGCACCGCAAAAAAUUGCGGUCCCGGCGACGGCGGCCUCGAAGGGAGUUGCGCCGCUGGACUCGACCACCCAAGAGGUCGAUGCUCCCCCGGUUGCCCCACUGGCCCCGAUGCAACAAGAAGAACCCCUUGUCUCGCUAGUAGACGCGCCGUCCUGCGCUGGGGACAUCCCUGCGGUCUGGACGGGCGCUAAGACAGCGCAAGAGGCUACUGAGAUGAAGGUCAUCGACCUCCCAGACGCGAACCUUGCCGAGGCAAUCGCCGAGGCAGAAAGUCGUGAUGCAGACCAUGACGACGCCCGUGCGCCCAGGAAGCGCCGGGCCGUGACACACGACGACUCAGACACACACUCCUCGACCUCUGACUCUGCAAGGCCGAGGAAGAAGGCACCCAGAGCCUCCCGCGCUGCCGCUGCAGCUGCUGGGAGGGCUGGUGCUAGUGCCGCCAAGGCACCACACCCAACGAGGACGCAGCAGCCCACUGCGACAGUCGCUGCCGCCAGGCAGCCUGAUGAGGACGGCUUUGUUGCCCCACCUAGGAGGCACACCGCCAAGGCUGCCGCACUGCAGCCACCGCAGCCGCUGCCGACCACAAAUGCGUUCGCAGGGGCGAACGUAGAUGAGAUGGAGGACGACGAGGCGCCCCUGGCGCCGCCACAGAGGAAGCCGCCGCCCCCACCACCCAUCGUCGUCCAAUGGGACGGCGAGUACAGAAACUUCGAGCAAAAGCUCGUCAGAGGGGCCGGAACCAGCAGCGAGGCAGAGGUGCUCCUUCUAGAAAGGUGCACCCUACCACCAGCUUCGCUGCCGCCACCAAGAGCGGGCUACAGCGCUCGGGCCAUCACGAUGGAGAGUUACAGCAGACGUCUGCGCCUUCCACGGCUCCGCCCGAGAGGGCAGCAGCUCUCGUGGCCGCGCCUGACACGCGGGCUGCCCGUCCACGCAGGCGUCGCCGGCGCGGAGGGCGUGCCACCCGUGCCGCAGCGCAACAGACUGUCACCGACACUCCACCGCAGCAGCGGCAACCAGCCCGCGCUGCGCCACGGCUGCAGCCGGACACUGUCACCCCGCGGCAGUCAACGCCACCAGAGAGGCCCCAGCCAACCGCCCCUGUGGCGGAGGUCGCCCCAGCGACAUCCGGCGUCUCCUCUGCACCAGAAGCAGCAGCUGAGCUCCGAUCGCUUCUGCGAUCGUUGA